AGAUCUCUCUCACUCUCUCUCUUUCUCUCUCUUUCUCUUUUUUUUUCUAUCUUUAUUGUUUCUUCUAUUCUCUCUUUCUCUCAUUCUCUCUCUCUAGUUACACGUCACUCUUUUCUCUUUGCUUUAACCACUUGCAAGUAUCCAAAAUAGACAAUUUUCACGAACCAAUUAUCCUCACGAGCGUUCUUCGACAUCGAGUGGGGUGAGAAUGGAGAUAAAGAGCAUUUUCGAACUUUUCUUUCUAUCUCUCUCUCUCCCUUUCUCUCUCUCUCUUUUUCUCUCUUUUUUUCUCUUGCGUUUUUUCUCACCCUCUUCUUCUUUCUUACCCUCUCAUUUCUAACCGACCCUCGACGAAUCGGUUUUUCAAUUUUCUCCUCUCCUUUUCGCUUUUACCUUCCUCCCGCCUAGCCAUUGGAUAGCGCGAAUGGAAACGUCGAGUCAGAAUCCCAAUCGGCUCUCCUUUCUCUUCGUCGUCAUCGACGAGUUGGAGUUGUCGAUGCGGUUAUCCCCUCUUCCUAAGCUAUUCAAGAGUCUGUCUGAGGAGGGAAAGAGAGGGGAUCAGUAAAAGGACGCGAGCGUCGGAUCGAAGAGGGCACGAUCGAGCUCACGACUUUCUCAGUCUUCAAUCGUACGUUUACAUAUUAACAAAGAGAACUUUUUCUAAUCUGUUUUUCUUUUUUCUUUCUUUUUGGGACGAAAUAAGUUGAAACAAAAUUGGCGGACAGGAUAAUGUAACGUUAUAUGUCACUCUCGUUGAUUUACAAGGAGAAUACAACGGUAUAGAAGAAGUACGGAAAUUCCCGAGGAAGAAGAAUAUUCGUGUAGUUUCAUGAUGCAGUGAUCAACGAUAUUGCUACUUGUCUGUCUUCGAUACGAAAAGGACAUGGAUAAAGACAGGAAUGCACAAGUCGCAUCUCCGCCGGAUAGAAGGGUUACGAGAGACGAUAUGGGGGUGGCCUCGCAUGAUACAGCUGCGAACACGGCUACCGGCUGUUCAAGUGGUACAACCCCACCUCGCCCGCACAAUCCUUCCUCCCCUGGUCGAAAUGGUCAGCUAUCGAAGCAAGGCACGCUGACGAUAGUACGACGCAGUUCGGGCAAAAGCAAAAGCGUCGGUGGUGGCAGUUUCGAGAGUUCCCCGCCAUCACAUAAUCCUGACAGGUUUUUGUCGAGUCAGUCCGUGGAUCUCGACGAGAUCCUCGAUAAUGUUGAUCUCACGACAGAUUCACUACCCGCCGUUGACACCCCCGACGCCUGCGACAAAGCUGCUCUCAGACUUCGAUGUCUGUUAAAGCAGUUACAGCAUGGCGAAAUAUCCGCCGAAUUACUCCAACGAAAUUUACAUUAUGCGGCACGUGUACUUGAAACAGUCUUCAUCGACGAGACAAAGGUGAGUUCAGGCGGGAAUGAGUGCUCUCGGUCAUCACGUAGGGGUGCGGGCCUGACUUCUACAUCCCUGGGGGGCAGCAUGGACCCGGAUGGACCACAGAGCCACGCGGUGGUAACCCAGAAAAGGAAGCUUCGCACCCCUGUGUGGGAAAGAGAUGCCGACCAUACGGAAUCAACUUCUACUUGCCGACAAGGUGUACGCCGUAGACGAUUGGCCGAUGAAGAUGACGAAUUGUCCGAAGUACAACCGGACGCGGUACCACCCGAAGUUCGAGAAUGGUUGGCGUCGACCUUCACCAGACAACUUGCCACGACAAGGCGGAAGGCGGAUGAGAAACCCAAAUUUCGAUCUGUGGCCCAUGCUAUUAGAGCUGGGAUUUUCGUUGAUCGGAUUUAUAGGAGAGUCACCAAUACCGCUCUCAUGCAAUUUCCACCAGAUGUGGUUAAAGUACUUAAGACGUUGGACGACUGGUCUUUCGACGUGUUUUCAUUGAACGAAGCUGCACUCGGAGCUCCUGUUAAAUACAUAGGCUACGACCUACUGAAUCGGUACGGUAUGUUACACAAGUUUAAAGUGCCACCUGCGGUUCUGGAAUGCUUCCUAGGAAGAAUUGAAGAAGGAUAUUGCAGACAUCGAAAUCCAUAUCACAAUAAUCUUCACGCUGCGGACGUAGCUCAAACUAUGCAUUAUAUUUUGUGCCAAACGGGGCUAAUGAAUUGGCUGACCGAUCUAGAAAUAUUCUCGUCACUCGUAGCGGCGAUUAUUCACGACUACGAGCACACUGGGACCACAAACAAUUUCCACGUAAUGUCAGGCAGUGAUACGGCACUUCUCUAUAAUGACCGCGCUGUGUUAGAAAAUCACCAUAUAUCAGCGAGUUUCAGAAUAUUAAGGGAAGACGAAUGUAAUAUUCUUCAAAAUUUGUCGCGAGAAGAAUUUCGAGAAUUUCGUUCACUCGUGAUCGACAUGGUCUUGGCAACCGAUAUGAGCUUUCAUUUUCAACAGUUAAAAAAUAUGAAAAAUCUACUAAGCUUGGCAGAACCGAGCGUCGAUAAGAGCAAAGCCGUCAGUCUAGUGCUCCAUUGCUGCGAUAUUUCUCAUCCUGCGAAAAGAUGGGAUCUCCACCAUAGGUGGACGAUGCAACUGUUGGAAGAAUUUUUCAGGCAAGGCGACAAAGAGAGAGAUCUUGGCUUGCCAUUUUCACCUUUGUGCGAUCGUAAUAAUACUUUGGUAGCGGAAUCUCAAAUUGGUUUUAUAGAAUUUAUUGUUGAGCCGAGUAUGCAAGUUUGCAGCGAUAUGUUGGAGACGGUUCUUGGACCGUUGAACGUUAAAGAAAGUGUAGAUGAGUCAGCUAACGGUUCGACAACAGAGAGUAACAGGUUUAAAAUAGGGAAGCCAUGGAUACAGUGUCUCGUAGAAAACAAACAAAUCUGGAAGGAACAAGCGGUUCGAGAUGCAGAGCUUAGAGCACAAAAAGAAGCGGAACAAAAUUCCAAUGCGGAAAAGGAAGGGGAGAAUGUUCAAACGACGGCGGAAGAAUGAAGUGUCGUCAGAUCGACGAUCGAAACUUACUUCGAAUAUCUAUGCGAUUUAAGGCUACAAGAAACUCGUCUUUAUUCCCGAACUCAUUUUAUUAUCUUAAACUUUUUCCCUCGUAUAUUAUAUUUAAUAAGGAAUUUACUGUGAAUGCGAACGUAGAUAUAAAAUUAUCUAUGGUAUUUACGAUGCGUUUGUUUUGGGACGAUUAUCCGUUAUAUACUUAGACGUCAUUUUCAUGCAACGACUAUCUUUUUAAAUACUUCCACAUCAUAUAUAUAUAUAUAUAUAUAUAUAUAUAUAUAUAUAUACAUAAUUUCAAGGAAACAUUUUUAUCAAAAAGUAGAUAAAGAAUUCGAGUUUCUUUUUCCAUGAUAGUUCUUCGUCCAAGUAGCCGUCUAUUUUUUUUUUCGUCUUUUUUUUUUGUCCAAAAUCUUUCGUACUUUUACUUAGCAUCAUGUUAAAAUCAUAAUACGAUAUAGAGCGUAGCCUAAAACGAAUAGAUGAAAGACAUAUUUUUCAUAAAAAAAAAGAGAGGGAAGAAUCGAUUAAGCAUUAUCAAUCCAUUAUCAAUGAGCUUUGCAAACUAUUUCUGCAUUAUGAACGCUAUUUCUAUUCGUAUUUAUCUUUUUUUUUUUUAUAUAACUAGUAUGUAAAAAUGCAUAAUGCAUUUUUAACAGAUUCUAAUGUCACGGAUAAUGUCCCACUUUCAACGAAUUCUAUAUAACAGAACUGGCAAAACGCAAUCCAAACGCAUCGAUUAAUAACUUCAUUUCAAGUUGGUACAUAAAUUAGAAAGUAAGCGGAUAGAGGAGAGACGGAUAAUGAGGAAAAAAAAAGUUAAAUCAAAAGAUUAAACUCAUCGAAUUCGAAAUAUCUAUAUGAGUUUUUUUUUGUCUCGACAGUAUAUUAUCGUCUCUUUUUUCUUUCGUAGUAAGCACGAACGAUAUUCAUAUUAAUCGACAUUAUUCAGGAUCCUUGUAAAUAUAUGCCUGACGAGACGCACAUUAACUUAUUUUUAUACUUUCACAUUAUCCUGCGAAAAAAGUUACAGAAAAUCUAGUCGAAUGUACGUACGAAAAGUAUUGAGUAAUUGAACGAAAAGAUAUUUAUGAGAUUGUUCCCAAGAAAUGUUUAUAGAUUUGUUUUUUCGAUUAUCGCACAAGCCGAAUUAUUCCCUUUGAAAAAAUUUUUUCGUUAAAAGGUGGAAAUAGACUCGUAAGAAGGAAAAUCCGUCCCUCGGAAAGCUCGAACGAGAAACGGAUUUAACGGAUUUUACGAAGAAUCUUGCGAAAGGAAAGUACUUGUAUUAUUUUUUUUUCUUUUUCUCUCUCUCUCCCUCUCUCUCUCUUUCUCUCUCUCUCUCUCUCUCUCUCUUUCUCUCUCGACGAUCGAACGUUCGGGGCUCUUGCGAUUUUUCGUGCAAAGCCUUCAACGAGUAGAAUCUCGAAAGUAUGAUAAUUAUUGACAUUCACAAAUAUAUAUCUCUGUAUAUACUCACGUUAGAUAUGUACACGUAUGUAUAUCUAUUCGUGAACAGGUCGAGGUACAGCUUUAAUCGAUGUAUAUUUAAUGUAAAAGAGAAAUUAGUGUCGUUAGUGUUUAUUUAAACGUUUGUGCUAUAUGUAUAUGUCAAAUAUAUGUGUUGGAUUUGCGAGCGUGUUCACGAUGUUGCGUUAGAGCGCAAGCUUGAUCACUCGUUCGGGAUUCCUUAGAAGAAAAACAAAGUUACGUAAUGUCGUGUUUGUUUGGCAACUGGUAGCAAUGUAAUUAUGCAAUGCGAGCUCACGUAACCGCUAUUAUUUUUUUGCGGUAAUGAUCGUCAUAAAAUAAUCUCUGAUUGCGAUCUUUUGCGAGUAUUCACUGUAUAUAGACGUAGACAAUGUUGUUCUAUCGAAUAUUUUUGAGGAAGAGAGGGAGAAAAAGGAGGACCAAGCUACGAACAAACGUAUCUUUUUACGUACCUGUCGUCGUAGUGCACUUACACGCUCAGUACCUAGCAAAUUUAAAAUUGAAAAGUCAAAACACGUUAAAAUAUAUCCGUCCUUUAUUUUUGUUGCUAUUUUUCCCCAUUCGAUCGUUAGUUAGUUUCAUUCGACGUUUUUACAAGUAGGAAGGUGCAACGGUGAGAAAUGUACGAUGUACGUAUACAAGCGUUGUGUUUUUCUCUCUUGAAACGAGGAGCGUACGAGGAUGGUAGAAACGUUCUGUAAAUAGAGCCAUUAGUGCGAUAUUUUAUUUAUUUUUAAUCGCCGGCUAUUUGUGUGUGUGUGUUUUUUUUUUAUAAAUUAAUGUUGCAUAUUAAAUCUCGUACGAUCGAUCGCUUACACUCCUCACCAUCCUGCUCCAUUCUUUCGUCGCUUUUUCAUUUUCAUUGAUUAAACCCAAGCGAAAGCGAUACGCUCUCUCUCUCUCACAAUGAUUUUAUUAUAUUACGUGUGUGCCCGUGCGUAUAGAAUUGUGUACUAGUUUAUUAUUAACAAAGGGAAAAGAAAAGAAAAAAGAAAAAAAAAAGAAAAAAAAGAAAGGAGAGUAAAAAUUGCAAAAGUAUCUAGUCGAAACGGCAAAAUACAUUUGACAAGGUAAAGUCAAAUGUGAAAAUAAAAAUACAUAAUAAUACAUAAAAAUAGAAACAAGAAAUGUUUACAAAUUAAAUCUUCCGAGGAGCAACAAGUAAGAAAUACGAAUUAAGUAUCCUCCCAGAGGCGGAUGAGGGGCCAAAAAGCGUGAUAGAAAUAAGAUAUGUACCUAUAUUGGAAGUAGGUUUGUAAAAAAAGAGAAUAGUAUCGGAUCGCACGAUUGUAACAGCCAAGAGUGAACGCAAAUUUAUAAUCUUUAAUGUUAUUAUCCUUGAAGUUUUUUCGUAAUGGCACGAUGGAAUUAUCGUAGAUAUAGAAUUUUCAACUUACCACAAUUCGACGCUCUCCUCAUUCUUAUACGCGCGAUCCGAUAUAUUUAAUCGCGUGAAGCGAAUAGUCUUUCCAUCGACGAUGAUACAGGCCUUUUCCUAAGCGAUGCAAAAUCUUGACCAAAAAUUGAGAUAACAAAUGAAUUAUACAUAUAUUAGCGCGUUUCUCCGUAUACGUACAAAUUAUUACGCUUCAUUCGAGUUACGGUAACAUAUAAGGAUUUAUUAUUAUUAUUAUUAUUAUUAUUAUUAUUAUUAUUAUUAUUAUUAUUAUUAUUAUUAUUAUUAUUAUUAUUAUUAUUAUUAAUAUUAUUAUUAUUCUUAUUAUUAUUAUUAUUACUAUUAUUAUUACUACUACUACUAUUAAUAUUACUAUUGUAAUCCAAAAAAUCGAUAAAAUUGUUGGUUAAAGUUAAAAAAGAAAGAAAAAAAGAAAAGUGAAAGAUAUUCCAUCUUCACCGAAUGAUAUCGCGGUUAUAGCAAAGCUUCAAAUAAAAUAAUACUCGACCAAUAAUGUUAAAUUUUAAAAUAAGCACAUUUACGUAAAAUAUAGGAGUAACGUAUAUCACUUGGGUAAUCAUUUUGCUAAUAUUUGACCACCGCAAAUUGACUUUAGUAAAUGACGUUUGUUAUCGACGUCGCCAGGAUGGCUUGUUUCGGCACAUAUAUCGAGCAUUGAUAUAUCUACAUUUCUUCUGUAUUUAAUUUCUUCGGUACAAUCCGAAACGAAAAAUGUACAUAAUCUUUUAUUUCAGCACCGUAUCUGUUUGAUGUGAUGUGAUUAAUCAAAAAUACGUCGAAAGAAAAUAAUAUAUUAUCCAAAAAUCGUGUAUAAUUAGCCCUGUAUUCUCUAUAAUUCUACAGAGAAAUAAAAAUACUCGAUUAGUUACCAAUUGGA